AUGCCAUCCGCUCCACCAGCCUCACGCAGACCUUAUCGAUCCCACAAGACUCCAGCCUGUGAUCGCUGCCGCCGGUUCAAGAGACGAUGCACCGGCGGUGGACCAGGUGAUCCCUGUGUGCUGUGUAAAUUGCAAAACGUCCCCUGUCAACCAUCAGAUAUUGCGAAAGCGCAUACACCAUCGCGCCGGUCCUCGAGGACGGGAUAUACACUACCCCGGCGCAACCAGGUCCAGGAACAGCAUAACACUAGCAAUCCCGCUCAUAGAUCACCCAUUCACCCCAAUGUGAGGAACGGUCUUGGCGAUUCGGAAUCGAAUGAUCACAAUGCCAUCCAUUUAGGUGAUGCCAGGGCAGAUUCAUCUAUUGUGGUGAGCCCGGUUCUUACUGAAGACAUCCAAGCGCUGGAACGUUACUUCUCUUCUGGGGCCCCUACGGGGGAUCCCGCGCCCGCUGCGGAUGGCUUGGAAAAGUCCUUGGUGUAUAUGAGGGUCCCUCGAAGACGGGAAGGUCUGGCCAUGGCAAAGAAUCCGGGGAAAUACCAGCAGGAAGUUCUGUGGCAGAUACUUAGGCCGUUUGCCAAAGAGCUUGUUCGAUUGUGA